GCACCUAGGGUCUGUGCUUCAGGCUGAGCCAUUGUAGAAUGCAAACAGUUCCUGCCUGCAGUCCCUUCCUCUCCUGUUGUUCCUCUUCUCUCAUUGUGUGCUCCUUGCCCUUCCUCCUUCUCUGCCAACAAGUCAUCCCAGCCUAUAUGGUUAUAACUCUAUCUACUAAACCUCAUUUGCCUAUCUCUCUCCUGGGCCUCAGAAUCUCACCCUCUGCCCAUCUGCUGCCCUGCAGGAUGCUACAGCUGAGCCUGUCUUGGCUGGGACUGGGGCCUGUGGCUGCCUCCCCGUGGCAUCUCCUGUUGCUGGGUGGAGCCUCCUGGAUUCUGGCCCGAAUUCUGGCCUGGAUCUAUGUCUUUUAUGACAACUGCUGCCGCCUUCGUUGCUUCCCUCAGCCCCCUAAACCGAACUGGUUUUGGGGUCAUUUGGCCAUGAUGAAGAGCAACGAGGAAGGCAUGCAGUUUGCAGCACAUUUGGGCCACCACUUCCGUGACAUCCACCUCUGUUGGAUUGGACCUGUCUACCCCGUCCUGAGGCUCAUCCACCCGGCGAUCAUUGCUCCCAUUCUCCAGGCCCCAGCUGCUGUUGCACCCAAGGAAAUGACUCUCUAUGGCCUCCUGAAGCCUUGGCUGGGGGAUGGGCUCCUGCUGAGUGCUGGUGACAAGUGGAGCCACCACCGCCGCCUGCUGACACCAGCCUUUCAUUUUGACAUCCUGAAGCCCUAUGUGAAGAUUUUUAACAAGAGUGUGAACAUCAUGCAUGCCAAGUGGCAGCACCUGACCACCAAGGGCAGCGCCCGUCUGGACAUGUUUGAACACAUCAGCCUCAUGACCUUGGACAGUCUGCAGAAAUGCGUCUUCAGCUUCGACAGCAACUGUCAGGAGUCUCCCAGUGAAUACAUUGCUGCCAUUUUGGAGCUCAGCUCUCUCAUAAUGAAACGGCACCGCCAGCUCUUUCUGCAUAUGGACUUCCUGUACUACCUCACUGCUGAUGGGCGGCGCUUCCGCAAGGCCUGUGACCUGGUGCAUAACUUCACAGAUGCUGUCAUCAGGGAGAGACGCCGCACCCUCAAUAGCCAGGGUGUUGAUGAAUUCGUGAAGACUUUAGACUUCAUUGAUGUGCUCUUGAUGGCCAAGGAUGAACAUGGAAAGGAGCUGUCAGAUGAGGAUAUCCGGGCAGAGGCUGACACCUUCAUGUUUGAAGGUCAUGACACCACAGCCAGUGGUCUCUCCUGGAUCCUGUACAACCUGGCGAGGCACCCAGAAUACCAGGAGCGCUGCCGGCAAGAGGUGCAGGAGCUGCUAAGGGGCAGAGAGCCUGAGGAGAUUGAAUGGGACGACCUGGCUCAGCUGCCCUUUCUCACCAUGUGCAUCAAAGAGAGUCUGCGGCUGCAUCCUCCAGUCACAAUGAUCUCCCGCUGCUGCACCCAGGACAUUGUGCUGCCAGAUGGCCGUGUUAUCCCCAAAGGGAAUGUCUGUGUCAUCAGCAUCUUCGGGGUUCACCACAAUCCUUCAGUCUGGCCAGACCCUGAGGUCUACGACCCCUUCAGAUUUGACCCAGAAGCCCCACAGAAGAGGUCACCUCUGGCUUUUAUUCCUUUCUCAGCCGGGCCCAGGAACUGCAUAGGACAGACUUUCGCCAUGACUGAGAUGAAGGUGGCCCUGGCCCUGACACUGCUGCGCUUCCGCCUCCUGCCAGAUGACAAGGAGCCACGCAGGCAGCCAGAGUUGAUCCUGCGUGCGGAGGGCGGGUUAUGGCUGUGGGUGGAACCGCUGAGUCCAAGGGCACAAUGACCCCCACAUCUGGCAUGGGACCACCCACCCACCCGCCUACCUCUUUGGAUUUCCGAACAAGUAAAGCUGUCUCCUGUGCCUGAGCGGCAGUGA